AUGGCCCUCAACGCAACCAACACGACCAUGCGCGGCGUUGUCUGGGACGGAACACCCUACUCAAUGAGCGUGACCAACCUGCCCAUACCAACGCUGCAAAGCGCAACAGACGUGAUUGUGCGCAUGACGGCCGCCGGCAUCUGCGGCACCGACCUGCACACCUACCACGGCAUCUACGGCUCCGCCGCCGUGCCCUACGUCAUGGGGCAUGAGGGCAUGGGCAUCAUCACCGAAGUCGGCGCCGCGGUGCAGAGUCUCGCCGUCGGCGAGUACGUCGUCAUCCCGGACAAGGGCGCCGACGGCCAUCUGCAUCUCGACCUGGUGCCCGAUCCCGGCGCGGGCACGGUGUUUGGGCUCGGCGAGGACUUUGGCCUCAGUGAGGGCUGCCAGGCCGAAUACCUCCGCGUCCCCUUCGCCGACGACAGCCUCUUCCGUAUUCCGAACGCCACGGCCGCUACCCCCGCCACCGCCCUCCUCAGCUACCUCUUCGUCGGCGACAUCUUCGCAACCGCCUGGGCCGCGCUCGACUUCUCGGGCUUCGAGCCGGGCGACACCGUCGUGGUAUUCGGCGCCGGCCCCGUCGGCCUGCUAGCAGCAUACUCAGCGCAGCUGCGGGGCGCCUCGCGCGUCUACGCCGUCGACCGCGUGCCUGCGCGCCUGCGCCUCGCCGCGUCCAUCGGCGCCGUGCCGAUCAACUUCGCGCACGCCGACCCCGUGGCACAGAUCCUAGCGCGAGAGCCGGGCGGCGUAGCGCGCGCGGUCGACUGCGUCGGCUACGAGGCCGUGGACAGCAACGGCACGCGCCGCCCGCACAUCGUGCUCAGCGACAUGGUGCGCGUCGCGGCGGCUGGGGGCGGGCUGGGGCAGAUCGGCGUGUUUUUCGCGGCGGAGAGCGCAAGCGCCGGCAUCCCGUUUGCGGAGCAGACGAGCGCGACGGUGCAGUUCCCCAUCGUCGAGUUUUUCAACAAGGGCCUUAGUCUUAAGAGUGGGCCUGUGGAUCCGAAGAUUUGGGCUCCGCGGCUUAUGGAGUUGGUUGCGGAGGGGAGGGCGCAGUUGGAUUUUAUUGUUAGCUUUGUUGUCGGGAUUGAGGAGGCGCCGGAGGCGUAUCGCCGGUUUGAGAGACGGGAGGAGUCGAAGGCUGUUAUUAUAUUUUAG